CGGACCAAGGUCCCCGAGGUCCCCGGUCCUAAGGUCCCCAGUCGGUCGUCCCACUUUGCUCACCUCCACGGCGAUGCUGCCUGCCACGUUUCAGCCCGUGUCCCCAGGAAACAUGAAGUCCAUCCUGGUGAUGUAUGAAGAUGAUGCCGAGGACUGGGCUGUGUACCUGAAGGCACUGUUUUCCCAGACUGUGGAGAGAAAAGGGAUCCUGCUGUACAGCCUGGAGGGCUUCUCCCUACAGCACUUGGAGUUGCUAAGCUUAACCUCUUACAAAUGUAAGAUUAUAGUACUAUCCAGCAGCGUGCUUAAAGACCUCACACCACAGAAGUCUGAGUUUCUGGAGAAGGUUCUGGACUCGCCAUCCUGUGUAGUCACCCUGCUGUGUGGGCUCCAGAGCGCCACCCCACUGUACGAGUCACUAAACAUCUCUGCGAGCAGAUGGGAGCUAUCCACCCAGCAGGAGCCUGGGGAAUACAUCUCCGUGAUCCAGCACAUCCUGUCUGGAGAUUAUGAAGAUUACCUGGAGGUCAGCGUUCCAGCAGACCAAAGAGAGAACAAUCCUGGGGAAAAGAGAGAGAGAAAUGAACCUGAAGCCUCAUCAGGAACCUCCGAGAGUGCUGUAUCCCUGGCCAUGGUGCUUCCUGCUGAAGUUCCUUGUGAGAAUCCUGGUGAGAUAUUCAUUUUCCUGAAAGAUGAAGUAGUUGGUGAGACUGUAGAGGCUGAGUUUACAUCACAUACCAAGUGCAUUCGAACACAGCCUGCCCUUUGGGAUAAGAACGUCUGGUGUAUGAAAGCCUUAGAUUUUCCUGCUGGGUCAGUCAGCAUCCGUAUCUACUGUGAUGGAAUUCUAACUGCCACUUCAGAGAUGAAAUACUGCUCACCAGCCGCAGUGGCAGAAGGUCCAGCUAAAGUGGCAGGCCCAGGAGGGAAUCUGUGCUGGAAUGAUAUUGAUGAACUUGAUGGCAUUCUUACAUCCAUAUUCAAGCAAGAGAUACCACAUUAUAACUUUCAACAUCUUCAAAGUGAAAUUUACCCUCAAAAUGAAUAUAUCCAUGGCAAUGAACUCCCAACUCUUCUCCACUGUGCUGCGAAGUUUGGCUUGAAGAACCUGGCUCUUCACCUGCUCCAGUGUGCAGGAGCAAGCUGGGCACUGAAGAUGAGAGAUGCAAGUGGAGCAGACCCCGCUCACAUCGCUAGCAAGUACGGGCAUGAAGAACUCAUGAAAAUCUUAGAAGACUUUUCAACUGAAGAAGUCAGUAGAAAUAAUGAGCAAUUACAUGACUAUGAAGAGGACAGAAUUUCACUUUCUGCACACUCUCCCCCCUCAGUGAGUCCAACCUUGUACCUGCACCAAGGAAGCAGGAGGACACCCAGGCAGAGUGAGGACAUCACGGAAGUCACUGAGGAGACAGGGGAGAAGCAGGAACCUGGGCCAGGUGAGAAGACACUGCUCAGCCCCGCAGAGGAAGCCAGUGACUGCUCUGAAGACCCCUAUGAUGACCUGUACAUGUUUAUCCCUGGGACCGAGCUGGAGCCUGAUGGAGAACUGCUUGCCUGCAGUAGACCCCCGCUGCCCCCACCACGCCCUGCAUGUGCUGCGUUCCAGCCCAAGAAACCUCAGUCUCCCUCACAGGGGAGACCCAGGAAAGGUCAGGUGGAAAGAAGUCACAACUGGAGUGAUUCUGGAGAAGAAAAGACAGAAGUUGAAGAGGCACAGGUGGAGGAGGACCCAUAUACCUUUGCUGAGAUUGAAGACAGUGAAUAUGACAUGAUACUGACCAAGAUGAGUGUAAAGAGAAAACCUGGCAACUGGUCUUUCAUUAUAAACAGACCUCCUGCCCCAGCUCCCCGACCCACCAAUGUCCUUCCCAAGGAGGAAACUGUGCCUUACAUUGCUCAAGUUUUCCAACAGAAGACAGCCAGAAGACAGUCGGACAGUGACAAGCCCCAAGGUCUUCCUAAGAAGCCAGACAAAGCUCGGAAGGAAAGCUCUGCUGUCUCCAUUCCAAGACACUGCCUAGAAGCAGGGCAGGAAGAACUCAUCCUCCUUCAGGAGAAAGUAAAAAAUGGGAAGCUGUCUGUGGAUGAAGCCCUCGAGAAAUUCAAACACUGGCAGAUAGGAAAGAGCGGCCUGGAAAUGAUUCAGCAGGAAAAGCUACGCCAACUACGAGACACCAUUAUUGGGAAAAGGCCGGAAGAAGAAAAUGUUUGUGAUAAACUCACCAUUGUGCACCACCCAAGUGGUACCACUACCUGCAAUGAAAACAUGUUACAUAACAUCCCCUUAAGCAACAAGCUUCCUGCUCCACUCCAAGUUGAAAAGGAAUUUGGUUUCUGUUACAGAAAAGAUCAUUAAAGAAGGUUAGUAUAAUGAAACUUGGAAAUGCAGAUGUCGUGCCUCCUGGGGAAAGCGAG